AUGAAAGCAGUAGUUAUAUCCUCAAACCCCAAAACCUUGACUGAAAUCAAAGAUAUACCCCUCCCUCAAAUUAACGAUGAUGAAAUUUUAAUUAAAACCAAAGCUAUAGCUUUGAAUCCUACUGAUUGGAAACAUAUUAUAUAUCAAUUAAGCAGUCCCGGAGAUUUGGUAGGUAGUGAUGUUUCUGGAGUUGUUGAAGCUGUUGGUUCAUCAGUUGAAAAUAUCAAAGUGGGAGAUUUUGUAAGUUCAUUCAUUGCAGGUAAUUUCACAACUAGAUAUGGUGCUUUUUCUGAAUAUGUAAUUGCAAAUCCUCAAGCUACAGUAAAGUAUCCUACAUUAACAGACGAUAUUUCAACUGAUGUUAAUUCCAUCAAUUCAUUCAUUGGUGCUGCUUCUGUUACAUUAGGUUUAACAACAAUAGGUAUGUCAUAUUCGAACACUUUGAACAUUCCCAAACGUUUAACACCUGGUGAUUUCAUAUUGAUAUGGGCCGGAUCAACUACUACCGGAUUAUUAGCUAUUCAAUUAGCUAAAAUGAUGUAUAAUUUGAAAGUCAUUACUACUGCCUCUCCAAAAAACUUCAAAUUAGUAAAGUCGUAUGGAGCAGAUUACGUGUUUGACUACAAUGAUCCAAAUGUAGUUGACAAGAUUAAAGAAAUAGGGCAGAACAGAAUCAAAUUUGGUCUCGAUAUAAUUGCAACUAAGCAAACCUUCCAAAAUGUGUAUGAUACUACAGCUGGUACUCCAAAAGUUUACCUUGAUAAUUUGGAUGGUUUGGAUAAAACCGCAAUAAGUGUUGUUUCAAGUAGAGACGUUCAUUUUGAAAGAACUGCUGGUUAUUUAGCAAUUAUUAAAGAGAAACAAUUUGGAGAUUUUCAUUUCGAACAAACUCUGGAAAUGAUGAAGAAUUAUUUGAAGUGGUGGUACGAUGAGUUACCAAAAUAUAUCACUCAAAUUAAGCAUCCUAAAUUGGUACAUCUAGACAAGGGUUUUGAAUCAGUCAAUGAUGGAUUAUCGAUGUUAAUGAGCAAUAAAGUUUCAGCUAAAAAGGUUGUCAUUAGUAUAUAG